GCCAUCUUUCACAAAAGUGUUUACAAGUUUAACUGAGCUUGGUAGGUUUAGCUAGCUAACGUCAAAGCCACCAGUUAUGCAACGGUAAUACAAACAACUUAAAGAUUUUACUCGAAUAUCAGCUAUUCCAAGUAGACUACUGCAGGCAACCAGUCAGGCAAUUAAAUAGUCUGUAAUACACGAUUUAAGCAUCGACUUUAGGCCGUCACUGAUGAUUCAUGAUUCCUUCACUUGUUCAGCCACUGUGAUGAUGGAGCAGGGCAGCACCCAGAAGCCGAGUCCUGCUAAAAAGAAUUUGAGGGAAUGAUCCUGCUGCUCACCAAGGGAUCCACGGUGGCUUCCUGACGUCCGCUUUAAGGAAGUCCGAAACUUAGCCUCCUUACCGAUUGACUUUUUUAUCCAGUAGACUGACUCGCGAUGUCUGACGAACACAUCGAGAGACAAGAGGCUAUGAACGUAUACUCUGUAACCCUCAGCGGCCCAGCUCCCUGGGGCUUCAGGCUGCAGGGUGGCAAGGACUUCAGCAUGCCUCUCACUGUGUCAAGGCUGACCCCGGGCGGGAAGGCAGCUCAGGCUGGUGUCGGAGUGGGAGACUGGGUGGUGUCCAUCAGCGACACCAAUGCCGAAGACAUGACCCAUGUGGAGGCACAAAACAAGAUCAGAGCAGCAACGGACUCCCUCACCCUCACUCUCAGCAAAGCUUUCAAGGCGGGUGAAGACCAGAAGGACUCACUUGCUCCGGCUUCUGUUCAGCCAAAGUACUCCUUUGCCCCCAGCACAACUAUUAACAAGAUGGCGAGGCCAUUUACAGCAGGUGGUGGCGGUGGUGCCAACUCAGGACCUGCUAUUAAACCUGUGGCGUACUCCCCUAAACUUAACACCCCCAGCUCACAGGGCCGUGCCAGUGUGCAGCAGCCACAGAAUGGCCUUGAGCCAACUCCCUUACCUGCCAAGGCCCAGGCAGCAGAUGAACCAGAUGGCUCCAAGACAGCAGCAGCAGCAGCAGCAGCAGGCAGUUCAGGUCCUUCCUCUCGCCCACCGUGGGUCACUGACCCUAAUUUCGCUGACCGCUUUCGCCCAGAUAAGACCAGCACCGUCGUGACUCAGCACCAGCAGCCGGUCCAGCCGACGCCGAUGCAGAACCGCAGCUCCAUCAUGCAGGCAGCGCAGCAGGUGCCCGAAGACAGCGGGAGGACCCCGUUAUGUGGUGCCUGCAACAAAAUCAUAAGGGGUCGGUACCUGGUAGCGCUGGGGCGUUCUUGGCACCCGGAGGAGUUUACGUGUUCGCAGUGUAAGGCGGUUCUGGAUGAGGGCGGCUUCUUCGAGGAGAAAGGGUCUGUGUACUGUACCAAGUGCCACGAUAACCGAUACGCUCCCAACUGCUCCAAGUGCAAAAAGAAGAUCACAGGGGAAAUCAUGCAUGCCCUGAAGAUGACCUACCAUGUUCAGUGUUUCAAGUGUGCAGCCUGCAAGAAUGCCAUCAGGAACCAAGCCUUUUACAUGGAGGAGGGCGAACCCUACUGUGAGAAAGACUAUGAGAAGAUGUUUGGCACCAAAUGCCACGGCUGUGACUUUAAGAUUGAUGCCGGCGAUCGGUUCCUGGAGGCCUUGGGCUACAGCUGGCACGAUACGUGCUUCGUCUGUGCUCUCUGCCAAAUCAACCUGGAGGGGAAGACGUUCUACUCGAAGAAGGAUAAGCCCCUGUGCAAAGGCCAUGCCUUCGCUCCAGUGUGAGCGAGCGAGCUUCGUCUUCGGAGGAAGUUCCCCUUCUCUCUCUCUCUCCCUCCUCUAUACCACACUCCUACACAUUCUACAUCUCUUCUUUGCCAACCACACACCUAGUCACACUCAGUCUUUUUUCUAUCCUACAGACUUUGUUUCUAUAUUUGAGGCUUACUGUUGGCUUCACAUAGAUACUUUACUGUGCUAAUAGGACAGUCCACAUGCUACUGCCUGUAAUACCAAAUGCUGUUGUGUUGUAUAACUGGAAGUAGUCAAGGAAUGGUUUCAUGUCAUCACUAACUUGUUGACUUUUAGAUCAGACAUUUUAAAAAGUGCAGCUGCAGUUCUUCUAGAUUUAAUUGUAUUUAGUAAAGAUUUCUCACAGCUCUACUGUCCUAAUGUCCUUCUUGUUCAGUCUGAAGUACGAUCAGGUCAGUGUCUUCCAAGUUGAAAGGAGUCAUUUAGCCUUUAAUAAUGUCACAUGUUGCAGUAAUGAUCUGCCGCUACUCCUCUACUAAGUGUGGAGAAGUGGUGGCCCCACUCACUCUUACUGCAGUGCCCAUUAACGUAAUGGCGGCCCAGUCGAGCAGAAAAGGGGGGGUGUUCCAUUCCUGCUCGACUGGACCCCUGCUCCUCUCCACAGAAGCACUAACUGCAGUAUGUGCUCCGAUUAGCCGAAGCCAAAAGGAGAAGUAAAGUAGUUAACUGUAACAAUCCUCAAUUGAUCCAUUUUUUAAAGUCAUGGUGACAAAGUGCUAUUCUUGUUUUAAAUGUUUCACUCCCAACGUAACGAGUCAAAGCUUUUGAAACGAUCCUUUCAUUUGGACAUUUUAAUGUAAGAAAAAUAAAUUCACAGGUGAUUUUUGUUCCUCUGAUAUUGUGAUUAUUCCUUAGAGUACUUUCAAGUCAUGUUGUAUUUAUAUUGCUUCAGAAUGGGCCUGUAAGUGUUUUUAUAUCUGUUGGACCUUUCAAAUAAAAAUAAUUUAGUAAUACCAAG